AUGAACUCACAACUCUCAGCUGCCAUCACCCUCCUUCCCCUGCUUCUUCUUCUCCUCCCCAAUUUCCACACUGCCCUAGCAGACCCUCUGGCAGAGUUUUGCAACAAAGACAACGCCAAGCUCAACCCCGGAUCCUCCUCCAGGCUCGCCAAACUCCUCUCCCAGCUCGUCGCCAAAGCUCCCGCCGACGGCUACUACGCCACUUCCUCCGGGCGCGGCAGAAACAAAGUCCACGGCCUCGCACAAUGCAGGGGAGACGCCGCCGCCAAGGACUGCUCCACCUGCAUCGCCGACGCCGCUGACCAGAUCGCCCGCCGCUGCCCUGGCCUCCCCGACGGCAGGAUUUGGUACGAUAACUGCUUCCUGAGGUACAGCAAGGCCAAUUUCGUGGGGAAACUCGGCAACAACUCCCCUGCCGUCAUUUUUUUCAACGCCGAGAACGUGACGGAUCCCGAAACCUUCAACGCCAAGCUCGCGGGUUUGGAGGAUGUGGUCAGAUCUCAAGCUGUGAAGCCGGGGAGUAAAGGGAUAGGGAAAGGUGAGACGAAGCUGCUGCCGCCGUCGGCCGAGACGAUUUACGCUGUGGUUCAGUGUACAAGGGACUUGGCCGCCGCCGACUGUGGUCGUUGCUUGGCUGCUGCUGCUGCGGGCUACUUCGCUGACUAUUGCGACAACAAGAAAGGUUGCAGGGCUCUCUUAGAUGGGUGCUAUGCUCGUUACGAGCUCUACCCUUUUUAA